CUCCCAAGUCCAAAGUGAGUCCAAACCCUGUAAACCCCCGCAAGGGCCGGGCCGACAGCCACAGAAAACCCAGACCCGCCGCCAUGGCCGCCGCCGGAGCUCUCCACGCCAGCGGCCGCAUCCUCCUCCCUAUGCGCCGAACCCCGAGCACCCCCUGGUCCCAUGUCCGCUCCCACCUCCACUGCACCAAGCCCCCUCCUUCCCCGCUCCCGCCUCCGCCGCCUCCGCCGCCGCCUUCUUCCCCCGGGCUGUUCUCGCGCUUCACCCCUGCCUUCGCCCCUACCACUAGGAGGAGCGGCCCCAUCGGGUCCGGGCUAGUCGCGUGGUACCUCGGCUCCAUCGAAGCUCGGCCGGUGCUGACCAAGAGCAUCACGGCUGCCACCAUAUUCACCGUCGCAGACCUCACCUCCCAGAUGAUCACACUUGAUUCUGAUGGGUCACUCGAUCUAAUUAGGACUCUACGCAUGGCUAGUUACGGGAUGCUGAUCUCAGGACCUAGCCUGCAUUUUUGGUUCAACUUUAUCUCGAGAGCAGUCCCCAAAAAGGAUUUGGUGAACACCUUCAAGAAAAUGUUUCUAGGGCAGGCCGUUUAUGGACCAAUUAUUAAUUGUGUUUUCUUCUCGUAUAAUGCAGGAUUACAAGGUGAGACCGUCCCAGAGAUCAUUGCAAGACUGAAGCGGGAUUUAAUUCCAACCAUCAAAAGUGGGCUCAUAUACUGGCCUCUUUGUGACUUCAUCACUUUCAAGUUUAUCCCUGUUCAUUUACAGCCGCUAGUAAGCAAUUCCUUCUCGUUUCUUUGGACCAUCUACAUAACAUACAUGGCUAGCUUAAAGAAACCAGAAUUGGAGGUGAUUGCGAGCUCGUAGUCCUCCAAUGGUUUUCAUGGACUGAGUUUUCUGUCAGUUAUGUCUGCGAGGCAAAAUCUAUAUGGCCAUUACCUGGAAGAAUCAUGCGACUGUCAGUACCACUAGCUCAUUUAUACUUUCAUCAGUCAAAGACCACACAGAGAUGAACUGCUUCCUUGGUGUCUUCCAUUUUCAGUAGGGUAUAGUAGUGUCCACCUGGCUUCUAAUUGCCUUUGUUUUUGGCUAAUCUAUAUGGCCAUUACCUGGAAGAAAAUGACACUAGGCAUUUCUUCUCAUUUGCAAGGUCUUCUAUUUUGCGCACCAAAUUCUCUGUACCCAGUUACACUGAUGUUACAUGAAACAAUGCAAGGUUUAUGCUUGAUAUGUACAUAAAAUGUAUUUUUUGUUGA